AUGGAAUCAAGAACCCUUGUUGCCCCAAAGCGCGAUGCUAGUCCAGAGCGAGAACGGGGAGAUUUUGUGGAGAAAAAGGAAUCGCCUAUUUCCCAAUCGAAACCAGACCAGCGCACAAUAUCACAGGAAGAUCUCGCCUCACCGACUAUGACAACAACAACAACAACAACAUCUGCACUUCCCCCUCCCUCCUCUUCAAAACGGGCGCCGGAAUCAGCCAACAAAGACAACACCAACACCACUCCGUUUGCUUCGAAUGAGCCCGCAGCCACUCCGGCUAUGGUCUCAUCGCAUCGUCCUGUCACAUCAGAUCCCACACAGCCUUCAAACCCGCCCGGCACCAGCACGACCAUAAGAGCAGAUACUCCCCCCUCGAUGACCAGCCAGCCUCUUGAUGCCCCAACUUCAGAACACUAUAUUGCGCCACAACCAGAUCCAACCACCAACACCGCUUCUGAACCUCAGCAACAGCAACCCGAUCCCUCCGCUCCUGCAGCCAGUGGCCCUGAGGAGUCCAAACCCGCUGAUCCCGCAAUUGGCCCCUCCACAGACCUCACCACCACGAACAAAGAAGCAGAAGAUGUCGGCAAAUCACUGGAGCUAGACACCCGUUCAAGAUCUCUACGAAGUACUUGCGCAAACGCCAGGUGGAUGUGCCAGAUUUCGACCCAUAUUUGA